GUUACAUUUCCGGUUAUCUUUAGCCUACUGCAAAAAGACCAUGCCAAGACCCCGGAAGAGACUGACUGCCCCUGCUGGCCCAGACAAGAAGGAGCUAUCAGAAAAACGUGCUAAAACUGAAAACUCAGAAGCUACAUCAGUUAAGCUAGAGAGUACCAGCCCUCAGAAGACUUCAGCCUCUAACAACUGUGGCAAGAAUGUAAGCAACUACUGGCUGAUGAAGUCAGAGCCAGAAAGCCGCCUGGAGAAAGGUGUAGACGUGAAGUUCAGCAUCGAGGAUCUCAAAGCACAGCCCAAGCAGACAGCAUGCUGGGAUGGUGUUCGCAACUAUCAGGCUCGGAACUUCCUCAGGGCCAUGAAGUUGGAGGAAAAAGCCUUCUUCUACCACAGCAACUGCAAACAGCCAGGCAUCGCGGGACUUAUGAAGAUUGUAAAGGAGGCGUACCCAGACCACACACAGUUUGAGAAAAACAAUCCCCAUUAUGACCCAUCCAGCAAAGAGGACAAUCCUAAAUGGUCAAUGGUGGAUGUACAGUUUGUUCGAAUGAUGAAGCGUUUCAUCUCCCUGGAUGAACUGAAAGCCCAUCACCAGGCCCACAAGGCUACUGGUGGCCCCUUAAAAACCAUGACUCUCUUCACUCGCCAGAGACUUUCAGUUCAGCCUCUGACUCAAGAAGAGUUUGAUUUUAUUUUGAGCCUGGAGGAAACAGAACCAAGUUAAUGAAGGCUGUAUUGAUGGAGUGAACAAACCAUUGAUCCACAAAGUCAAGAUUUUGUAAGACAGAAGGAGAAAGCAUGGUAUUGCUAUCUGGGAUCAUGUGCGUGGGGAGUUUGUUAAUUUUCCUAAUAAAAGAUUUAAUGACAAUGUUGAAAGCACUUUCUUCUAAUCCUGUGUUGGGUAUGGUAGAACCCUCC